CCACUCAGCCGCGGCCCCGCCCCCGGACGCUAGCGGUGGUUUCCUAGGGAACGACGCUGCGCGCCGGCCGCGAUUGGACCGGGUCGCGCGUGCGCAGUGGUGCGUGUUGGUGGCGACCCCGCCGCCGUGGGUGCUGAGCUCUGACCGCUGCACAGAAUGGCCCAUUUCUCCAGCGAGGAUGAGGGGAUGCUGCAGGCGAUGCUCCGGCAGCUGUUCCAGAGCGUGAAGGAGAAAAUCACCGGCGCUCCCUCCUUGGAGUGCGCAGAGGAGAUCCUCUUGCGGCUGGAGGAAACUGACGAAAAUUUCCACAACUAUGAAUUUGUGAAAUACCUUAGACAGCACAUAUGUAACACGUUGGGAUCUAUGAUUGAAGAAGAAAUGGAAAAGUGCACAUCUGAUCAGAAUCAGGGUGAGGAAUCUGGUUAUGACACUGUGGUACAGCAUGUUACCAAGAGAACCCAGGAGUCGAAAGAGUAUAAGGACAUGAUGCACUCCCUGAAGACCAUCAUGAUGGUGGUGGUGGAGUCGAUGAUCAACAAGUUUGAAGACGAUGAGACACGGAGUGAGGACAGACAGAGGAAGAUGGAGAAGGACACGAGCGGCAGCUGCUGUACGGACAAUUGCUCCGACAGUGACUCCUCCUUCAACCAGAGUUACAAAUUCUGUCAAGGAAAACUACAGCUGAUUUUAGAUCAGUUGGAUCCUGGGCAACCUAAAGAGGUGAGAUAUGAAGCUUUGCAAACACUAUGCUCAGCUCCACCAUCUGAUGUCCUGAACUGUGAAAACUGGACCACACUCUGUGAAAAACUGACCUCGUCUCUGUCCGAUCCAGAUCCUACGUUCACUGACCGGAUUCUAAAGUUCUAUGCACAGACUUUUACACUCUCGCCGUUACACAUGACCAAGGAAAUUUAUACAAGCUUAGCUAAAUAUCUGGAGUUAUACUUUCUUUCUAGAGAAAAUCACAUUCCCACUCUUUCAACUGGAGUAGACAUAACUAGUCCGAAUGUGACCCGUUUACUGAAAAAGGUUCGCCUUCUGAAUGAAUAUCAGAAAGAGGUUCCAUCUUUUUGGAUUCGUCACCCAGAGAAGUAUAUGGAGGAAAUUGUGGAGAGUACUUUGUCCCUGCUAUCAGUCAAACAUGAUCAAAGCCAUCUUGUCUCACAGAAGAUUUUGGAUCCCAUCUAUUUUUUUGCAUUAGUUGAUACUAAAGCUGUGUGGUUCAAAAAAUGGAUGCAUGCAUAUUACAGCAGAACUGCAGUCCUAAGACUACUUGAAAAGAAAUAUAAAUCUCUGAUAACUACAGCAGUUCAACAGUGUGUUCAGUACUUGGAAUUGUGUGAGACUAUGAAAGCUGAUGAAAUUUUGGGACAUUCAAAGCAUUGUGGAAACAAGCAAAGAAAUUUCUACUACUCAGGACAAGAACUACAAUAUAUUUAUUUCAUUCACUCACUGUGCCUUUUAGGAAGAUUGUUGAUCUAUACACAAGGCAGAAAAUUAUUUCCCAUAAAGCUGAAGAAUAGAAAAGAUUCAGUAUCUCUCACAAAUCUGCUGGUUUUGUUUACUCAACUCAUCUACUAUUCACCAAGUUGUCCAAAGAUGACAUCAGCUGCAUAUUCAGAGAAUUAUUCUCCUGCAAGUAUGGUGACUGAUGUCCUGAGGAUCCUCUGCGACCAGAAAGAAUGUGCCAUUGAGUGCUUAUACAACAGCACUGUGACAGAGACCCUUCUCCAGCCCAUUCACAGCCUGAUGAAAGGGACUGCGGCUGCUCCAGACUGCUCCGAAACAGCUUUAAUUCACAUAGCUGAUAUUUUGGCAAGAAUUGCUUCUGUAGAAGAAGGACUUAUUUUACUUCUUUAUGGAGAAAAUAUGAACUCUUCCGAAGAAGAGAGUCCUACAGGUGCGCAUAUCAUAGCCAAGUUUUCAAAGAAACUUCUUGAUGAAGAUAUUUCUAUUUUUUCUGGAUCGGAAAUGUUGCCUUUAGUUAAAGGAGCUUUUAUUUCUGUGUGUCGUCAAAUAUAUGGCACAUGUGAAGGCUUACAGGUGUUGCUUCCUUAUGGUUUACACGAAUCCAUAGCAAAGGCAUGGAAGAAGACAAGCUUGCUAUCGGAAAGGAUCCCCACUCCAGUAGAGGGCUCUGACUCAGUUUCCUCAGUGAGCCAGGAGUCUCCCAACAUUGUGGCUUGGGAAGACAAUUUGCUAGAUGAUUUACUCAAUUUUGCUGCCACUCCCAAAGGAUUGCUGCUUCUUCAGAGAACAGGUGCCAUCAAUGAAUGUGUGAUGUUUAUGUUCAACCAAUAUGCAAAAAAACUCCAGAUAAACAGGCAGAAGAAGUUUGACCAUGAAGUUUUGGUUGUACAGGUGGCAUCCACAGCAGCAGGGGCAGUAGCGCUACAAAAUUCAGGCUUCAUUAGUGCACUUAUAACUGAAUUAUGGUCCAAUCUUGAAUGUGGAAGAGAUGAUGUAAGGGUAACUCAUCCUAGAGCUACUCCAGUGGAUCCUAUUGACCGAAGCUGUCAAAAGUCUUUCCUAGCGCUGGUGAACCUGCUGUCCUACCCUGCUGUGUAUGAGCUAACAGGCAAUCAAGAACUUCCCAAUAAAGCCGAAUAUUCUCUCCGGGAAGUUCCAACAUGUAUUAUUGAUAUAAUCGAUAGGCUUAUCAUUUUGAACUCUGAAGCUAAGAUUCGUUCUUUACUGAAUUAUGAACAAUCACACAUCUUUGGUCUAAGGUUAUUAAGUGUGGUGUGCUGUGAUCUGGAUGCUCUUCUCUUACUGGAGGCUCAGUAUCAAGUAUCCAACAUGUUACUACAUGCUCAGGAAGAAAAUACCUUUGAGAUCUCCGAGAACCACAGGGACUUUAUAAUUGAUGGCUUAUCAGUAGAGAGAAAUCAUGUUCUUGUAAGGAUUAAUCUCAUUGGUGGGCCCUUGGAGCGGAUUUUGCCUCCAAGGAUGCUUGAGAAGGGGGAUGACCCGUAUCCUUGGCCGAUGUUCUCGUCAUAUCCAUUGCCACACUGCUAUCUGCCAGAAGUCCCACAAAGUGCUGAUGUAAAACAAGAUCUACAUCCUGUGAAGCUACAAUGCAUCGACAGUGAUAUCGGAAAGCUGUUAUCAUGCUUCAAAAUGUCUGAUAAGCAAACGGAGUGGAUAGAAAACUGCCGAAGACAGUUUUGUAAAAUGAUGAAGUCCAAACCUGAUGCAGUCAGUGGAGGUGCUUUAGGAGAACUCCUUGAAAAAUUUGUGCUUCAUCUCACCGAAAACCCCUCUGAGUGCUACUUCCCUUCCGUGGAAUAUACAGCUACUGAUGCAAAUGUGAAGAAUGAAAGUCUCUCAUCUGUGCAGCAGCUUGGCAUUAAAAUGACUGUCAGGUAUGGUAAGUUUCUCAACUUGUUAAAAGAUGGUGCGGAAAGUGACCUCGCCUUGGUCUUAAAGCACUGUGAGAGAUUCCUGAAACAACAGCAGUCACCGGUAACUUCUUCUCUUCUGUGCCUGCAAGGGAACUACACAGGCCAUGACUGGUUCGUGUCUUCUCUGUUCAUCAUAAUGCAAGGGGAUAAGGAGAAGACACUCCAUUUUCUUCAGCAUUUCUCCAGGCUUCUGACCUCUGCUUUCCUUUGGGUGCCAAGGCUGCAUAUUUCUCGGUACCUUCCCGUCGACACCGUUGAGACUGGCAUCCAUCCCGUCUAUUUCUGCAGCACUCACUACAUUGAAAUGCUGCUGAAGGCCGAGGUGCCCCUUGUGUUUUCAGCUUUCCACAUGUCUGGCUUUGCACCAUCACAGAUUUGCCUACAAUGGAUAACUCAGUGUUUUUGGAAUUACUUGGAUUGGAUAGAAAUAUGCCAUUAUAUUGCUACUUGUGUUGUCCUUGGUCCUGAUUAUCAAGUGUAUGUCUGCAUAGCUGUUCUCAAACAUCUGCAGCGAGACAUUCUCCAGCACACCCAGACUCAAGAUCUACAAGUAUUUCUCAAAGAAGAAGCACUACGUGGGUUUCGAGUGAGCAACUAUUUUGAAUACAUGGAGAUUUUGGAGCAAAACUACCGGCCAGUGCUGCUGAGAGACAUGCGUAGCAUUAGAGUGCAGAGCACUUAGACCACGAGGGGCACUCUAAAGUUACGUUUUAUUCCUCGUUAAAGGCGACAAGGCGACUUGAUUGUGUUCUGUCCACAUCGAUAACGUGCUUUGUGUGUCCAUGCAUUGUACAUGAGUACUGAGAGGUUUUGAACAGAAUAUAUUCAUGUUGCUGUUUGCUCAGUUUGUGAAAUGAAGUGAGUUCAUUUCUGCAAGUUCCUGGUUCUUUAAAUUCUUAGGAGCAGUCCUAAGUUUUAGUUUUUAUUUGUGUUUGACUUAUAAAAGCAACAAAGACCUUACUGUAAAACCUAAAAAUCUGAAACUAACAGGGAACACACUUGAAGAUCUGGAAUAGGCAAUGACUUCUGAAUAAGAUCCGAGGAACUCAGGGAAUAAAAGCAUGCUGAGACAAAUUGUACUACAUUCUUGUAAAGUAAAAGAAAUGGAAGGCAAGGUACAAAUUGGGGAAAUCAUUGCCAAUUAUUCACCUGAUAAGAGGCUGAUAGCUAGAAUAUAUGUUGAACUAAGUAAACUACAAAAUAAUAAAAGAACAAAAAGACUCCUGUCAACAAAUGGGCAGGGAGAUAAGCAGACCCUUCAGAUGAUGCAGCACCCAUGAAAAAUGAGUCCGUGAAGAAAGGCUCAUCACCUUUAUCCAUCAGGAAAAUGCCCAUCAAAACAAUUACCUCAUCAAAAUGGCGAUCACCAAGAAAACAAGUGCCAGGAUUGGGACAGGCAUUUACAAAUUGCUAGUGGUGAUAUAAACUAAUCUAGCUACUAUGGAAAUCAGAAAACUAAAAGUUGACCUAGGUUGACCUAGCCACAUAACUUAUAUGAUAGAAAUAAAUAAAUGCAUGUUGGAUUACCAUGAAGAUCCCUGCACAUCUAUGUUUAUCUUGGCACUAUUCACAAUAGCCAGGUUAUGGGAUCAGUCAAGGUAUGUGUGUGUACACAACAGAGUUUUACUCAGCCCUAAAGAAGAACAAAAUUGCCGGGCGGUGGUGGCACACGCCUUUAAUCCCAGCACUCGGGAGGCAGAGCCAGGCGGAUCUCUGUGAGUUUGAGGCCAGCCUGGGCUACCAAGUGAGUUCCAGGAAAGGCGCAAAGCUACACAGAGAAACCCUGUCUCGAAAAACCAAAAAAAAAAAAAAGAAGAAGAAGAACAAAAUUAAGCAUUUGCAGGAAAUUGGGAUUGUAGAUCAUGUUAGGUGAUAAAAGGCAGUCUCCUAAAGGCAAGCAUCACAAGUUUUAUCUCCUAUAUGGAAGCUGGGGGGUGGGGCAUGAAGGUAGGUGGAUGCGCAGUAUGAAAGGCACAGGGAUUAUAAGAAAGUGGUGGAGGGCUGAGGAGUCACCGACAUGGCUCAGGGUAAAGGCACUUGCCUCCAAGCCUGACAACUUGAUUUCAGCCCCUCACACACACAUUGUGAAGGAACAAAGCUAACUCUCGAGAGCUGUGCUCUGACCUCCACAUGCACACUGUAGAUGUGCCUAGAACUGUAAAGUAGAAUAUUUUUAAAAAACUCAUGUGAGACAAAUAGAGUCAAAGUCCAUUGCAUUUAUGUCAGGAAUGUCAUAGUGACAUAGAAUGAAAUAUCUCACCCUUCCUCAUCUCUACUGUGUAAUGCUUUUCUAAUGAACUCGGGAAGAAGAAGCAGUUGUGUUUACAGAGGAAGGAAGGGAGGGAGGGAGGAAGGAAGGAAGGAAGAAAAAUGAACAAAAGACCUGAGUACCAGAAAGAGUCCACAGAGAUGGGCAAAAGCCCAGAUUCUUCCUUUUUAUGACUGCACAUAUGGAAAAACACAGACAACAGCACAUUUGCUCAUUUCCCCUGCAGAGGAACAAAGGAUAUCUACCAGGACAUUGUCCUCAGACAUGAUUGCCUUUCUAGGAGGUGCUUUUUAUACUGAUAGCAAUUUCUAACUUUUCAUUGGCAAUAUAGAGUUCACAUGGCUCAUUUAGAAGACAGAUUGUCUCCCCCGUGCUGAUAAGCAUUCUGCUAUUAUUUCGUGGCAUUUCUUGGUGAUAGAUUUGAUUUGUACUGAACUUGAAAACAUUAAGAAGAAUAGAUUUCUAAAUUGAAAUGAUUUACACUACAUUUUAUUUAAAUAGAAGUCUCUGUACCCAUAGGAUUAACAUGUGAGGGUCUGAUUUUCUUGUAACUGUCCAUUUACUGUUUGAAAGCCAAUAAUCAAAUACGUUACUAAUUUACGAAUUUCAGUUUUUUAAAAAAUCAUAUGUUAUUUUGUAUUGUUUGCUCAUAUAACCAUACUUUUUAAAACUAGUACUACUUUUUAAAAAUUUUCUACCAAAAUGAGCCAUGCCCAAAUUCAUUUUCAUCGGCAUGUGAGGCAACAGGUGCCAUACAGUUUUCAAUUGAGGGACAUUUAGACGUUUAAAAUAUGCUUCUUCCCAAAUCAGGUUUUGUACUGUCCGCGCCAACAAUAGCUUUCCAGUAAUGGCAUCGUUAAAGGGCAUUGUAAAUUGAAGGUAGGUAAAUUGAGCAUGUUAAUUAGACUCACUGCACAUUUGGCUCCCACCAAGUGAGUGAGGAGAGGAGGAGAUGACCCCAACCCGUGCUUUGUCUGCUGAGCACCUGUCUGGAGCCCGAGCGCGUUCUGAAGGUUCCAGCUGCUGUGUGUUCCUGAGUGAUGCUCUUAGUGCUAAGAGUCCGGAACCCCCUCUCAUGUGAAAGCUUUUGCAUUGCAGACAGAAAUCAUUUACAUCGUUGGUGAUGGAUGAAUUAUUGGAAACUCAGGUAAUAUCGAAGUUAUGACCGUUACAUUUUGCCAACAGUGACCUCAUUUGGAACCGGGUGGUUUUGAUUUUUCUUUGAUAAAGUAGACACAGAACUGGACAAGGUUGUCCACACCUGUGAUCCCAGUACUCAAGAAACAAGAGGCAGGCCAUCGAUGCAAGUUUCAGACCAACUAGGACUACAUAUUGAAACCCUAUCUCAAAAACACAGAUAAAUAAAUAAAUAAGAUAAGGAAGUGAAAAAAUAAUAAGAUUGCAACAGAUAAAGGUGUCAGAGUCAAACCUAAUAGCCUGAGUUAGAUCUCCAUGAUCUACAUAGUAGCAGAAGAACACCGACUCCCACAAGUUACCCCUGCCCUCCACUCCUGUCCCCACCAAAACAAUGUAAUUAAAAAAUAAAAAACAAGAAACCAAAAAACAAUCCAAAAUUAAAAAUAAGUAAGAAAUGUCUUAAGAAGAAUGACUUACAUUAGUUUCAUGGAAGAAAACAUAACAGUUUCUGUGGCUACCCUUGUGAUUCAUGUUUCUACUUAUUGUAAGAAUAGUAGCCUUAAAGAAUACUGUCCUGACUCCAUUAUGUAAUUAAGCAUGAGCUCUUGGAACAGACUUUGUCUCUUAUUUGUGAGAAGCCAAUUCAUAUAUUUUGCAGAAUUUAAUUAUAAAUAAAAUUUUACAAUAUAAACUAUCUUGUGAGAACUUUAUUAGUAUGUAAAUCUUUGGCCAUCUGUUUUUGAAUUGUUGUAUUUAGUGCAUGGAAGCAUCAUAGCUCAGUGGUUGAGUGCUUCCCAGGAUGCACCAAGCUGUGCACUCCAUCUCCAGAACUUAAAAAUACAACACUUGUAGUUAGGAGUCUUGUGAUACUUACAUCGCUAAAGUAUCUGUCAAGGUAUUACCGGUACCUCUCAGGGAAGUGUUUAAACUUCACUAAUAUAGUCUGUCUUACUCUGUGAUUAGUGAGUGUGGUGAUAUUUUAAUUGUGCUGAAAUGUGAUUUUAUUUGUAUGUUAAUAAAUAAAGUUUGCCUGGAGAUCAGAGGUCAUAGCCAGCCAGGAACAGAAGUCAGGUGGUGGUAGCCCACGCCCUUAAUCCGAUCACAUGACAGGCAGAGUUUCUGUGUGGUCAAAGACACAGCCAAGCGUGGUGACACAAGCCUUUAAUCCCAGUACCAACCACAGCGACCUGGAGGUCUGUAUAGACAGGCAGUGACAAGGAAGUCAUGUGGCUGGGCUUAGAGCCAAUGAGAAGGCAGAACAGGAAAGCAAUAAAAAUGCAGGUUAGGCAGGAAGAAGUCUCUCAUGUGGGAAACUACGGCUUGGUGGUAAACUAAAGGGUAGUCAGUGGCUCUUUGCUAAUUCUCUGAUCUCUUUGGCUAUUACCCCUGUA